CCCCCGUCUAGCCAGCCGGAGCAGGCUGGAGCCCCAGGCUUCCUGACUCGCAUUCCAGCCAUGUGGGUGGGGAGGAGAGUUUCACUUCCUUCCCGCCAGGGGCCAGGAAGGCGUGACGCCAGGAAAGCACCCCGCAGCGGGUAGGGGCGACCGGAGGGCUCCCACGGAGGCCAUCUCCCAGAGACGCUACAGAACGACCCUACAUACACAAGAGACGACCCGCUGAGACCCCGUUCAUCCCAUCUCUCCCCUUCCCAAUUAUUUCCCCCAUACAAGGCCCCCUCCCAGGUUAUCCCUGACCCCUGCCCCACACUGAUCUUCUCAGGCCUAGGGGCACCCUCCCGUCCCGCCCUCCCCCCGCACGGUGGGAACUCAAAAAUUAUUCCCCCUUAAAAGACCAUUCCCAAACUCGUCCCCAUUCAACGAUGGUGCCACACUGCGACGACCUGCCGAAGACGCCCCCGUCCCCGCCCCGCUAACCUUGCCACGGAGACCCCACAAUGACUUACCCGGCCCAGGCGCUAUCUCUGAGACCCCACGCAGCAACUCUGACGCGCAAGGGGGCGACCCUCUGAGGACUCCCUCGGAUAACCCGCCCACCCUCCAGGGGAGACCAGGCCCCCUACCACUCAAAAAAGUGCUUUCCCGAAGCUUCCCUCACCCCUCAACACACAGCGCGCCACUGUCACACAUAGGGACGACCCUGAGUCCCUUCGCUGAUAUUCCUGGCCCGUACCCAGACGGAGACCCCACACAGAGGGCCCCCCUGGAGACCAUCCUCAAAGCCACCAUACCUCCCGCGACCCCCAGGCUCGCACCCAGAAAGAAUCCGCGAUUCUGAAGACACCCACCUCCAGGCACGCUCUCGAAGGUGACCUCCCCCCGCCCCUGGAAUAUCUGGGACCCCCACUCACGGCCACCUCGCCCCAAGGCGACCUCGAGGUGCCCCCAGCUUGCCCACUUCUCAGGAAAGAGAGAUUUGGAGAAUGCGGCAGAACUCCCCGCAGGAGCAGGCCCGCUCCUCGCCCCGCCCCGGCAGGGAGAAGGAAGGACCACCUCUCCCCCAAACCUUGCCCAAACCUGACACUCGGGACCCUGGACUGGGACGAUCUCCCAGGUGCCAGCUCAGGGAGUCCAUGAAAACGUUCAACCAAUCGAAUGAGCCCCUUCCCCAGCCAUAGUCCCCAGCCGCCAGAGAUAAGGGAGGCUACCAUUAUUUACAUUGCCCGUGCCUGGAAGGGAAACUGAGGUUGAGCAGGAACAAUCCGAGGAACUGAGCCUUGAACCGAGAUUCCGAACUCGGACCCGAACAGGCCCAGCCAGAACUCCGACACCGCCCCCUACGGUGCGGCACAAGAGGGCGAAGGGGCGGGGCAUGCGUACCGGAAGCUGCCUCUGCCCACAACCAAGAUGGCUGCAGAGAGGGCGGAAGUGUCCGCACGUCCGGCCUCCGAGGCCUCUCUUUCUGCCCUGGCGGUCCCGCUCUCGAUGGUGGCGUGACGGGGGGCGGGGGUGGUGGCGCGUUCUCCUGGGUUGGGAGAGAACGAGCCCGCGAACCCAGGCCGGGAGGGGGUUUCGGCCUGGGGGGAAGGGGAUUGACAUGUCUCUCGAAGACCCCUUUUUUGUAGUCCGAGGCGAGGUGCAGAAGGCGGUGAACACGGCCCGCGGGCUAUACCAGCGCUGGUGCGAGCUUCUGCAGGAAAGCGCGGCGGUCGGACGCGAGGAGCUGGACUGGACGACCAAUGAGCUACGGAAUGGCCUGCGCAGCAUCGAGUGGGACCUCGAGGACCUGGAAGAGACCAUCGGUAUAGUGGAAGCCAACCCAGGCAAGUUCAAGCUCCCGGCCGGGGACCUGCAGGAGAGAAAGGUGUUCGUGGAGCGGAUGCGAGAGGCAGUCCAGGAAAUGAAGGACCAUAUGGUCAGCCCAACAGCCGUAGCAUUUUUGGAGAGGAAUAACAGAGAGAUCCUGGCAGGCAAGCCAACUCCCCAGAAGUCACUCAGCGACCUGCUGGAUGCCAGUGCAGUCUCGGCCACGUCUCGCUACAUCGAAGAGCAGCAGGCCACACAGCAGCUGAUCAUGGACGAACAGGAUCAACAGCUGGAGAUGGUGUCUGGGAGCAUCCAGGUUCUGAAGCACAUGUCCGGCCGCGUUGGGGAAGAGCUGGACGAGCAGGGCAUCAUGCUGGAUGCCUUCGCCCAAGAGAUGGACCACACCCAGUCCCGCAUGGACGGGGUCCUCAGGAAGUUGGCCAAAGUAUCCCACAUGACGAGUGACCGCCGACAGUGGUGUGCCAUCGCCGUGCUGGUGGGGGUGCUUCUCCUCGUUCUUAUCUUACUUUUCUCUCUCUGACCCCAGCCCUCCCUGGCAGGCUGGUCCGUUAAGCCUGGGGAGCCACCAAGCACUUUGGAGCUGGCCUAGCCCCCUAGGAGGAGAGGGUCCCUCCUGGGUAGCUGGAAAGUAGAGGUUCCUGCCUGGGGAGCUGUCCCCACGGCUCCCCCCCAGAGCCAGUGGUACCCUUCAGGACCCUGGGCCGAAACCACCACCACUGGUCCUGUCUCAAGUGCACUUAGGGGGUGGUGGAGGCAGGGUCACCUCAGACACACCCCUCUCCAUUUCCGGUUCCGGGACCCCAAAGCCAUUCGCCCCUGUGCCUUACACAUGUGCCAACCUGGAAAUAAAACGUCAGCCUUUUUUAUACGUA